CGUAUGUCAGUUGUGUCAGUUGUAAUCGAUACGUCAAAGCCACUAGGUUUACAUAUCAGUCGUCAUAAAAGCUCACUUCAAUCGAUUUUAUUUAAUUUUCAAACAGUUAUGCGGGCUAUUCGCAUUGUUUUGUGCUUCUUUUUUCUCACCAGCUGUAUUUUUGCGGAUUAUAGUAACUACAAAGAGAAUUGGCUCAAAUUCAAGAAAACGUUCAAUAAACAAUAUGAGCAUUCAGAGGAGGAGACACAGCGCUUUCUAACGUUUGUCGACAAUCAGAAAAAGAUUUUCAAGCAUAAUCUACUGCAUAGCUUGGGCACUGUCACAUACAAAUUGAAGUCAAAUCAAUUUGCUGACUUGACACACAAGGAAUUCUUGAAUAAGUACAUUGGCGAUGUCAUCACAUACGACAAAAGAAGUGUCAUCGGAAAUGUUGUUGAAAAGUUGGAUGCAGUAAGUUUGCCGCCGUUCGUUGAUUGGCGUCAAAAUGGUACGGUGACCGAAGUUCAAACCCAAGGUGCUUGUCAGUCGUCGUACGCGUUCAGUACGACUGCAGUUUUAGAAUCGCAAUACCAACGGAAAACGGGAAAUUUAAUCAAAUUCUCUGAACAAAACCUAAUCGAUUGCACGGGUGGCAAGUACAAUAACUCGGGAUGCACUGGUGGUAGUGUAGCGACAUCGUUACAAUUCGUUUUGGAUAAUCAUGCAAUCGAUACCGAGGCAUCGUAUCCAUAUCAAGGUUCAGCUGGAAACUGUCAACUGGAUGUUGUUCAAGCAAAUGUUUCAAUAAACUCGGUGAACCAUCUUGCGCCUGGAAGGGAAUGGCUACUACAAACCGCAAUUGCUUCAGUCGGCCCGAUUUCUGUGUCGUUUGACGCAUCACUCGAAUCAUUCCAAUUUUAUUCGUCGGGAAUUUAUUAUGAUUUUGACUGCAGCAAAAAUGGCAACCACUUUGGAUUGGCCGUCGGUUAUGGGACCGAAAAUCGACUCGGUUAUUACAUCGUGAAAAAUUCAUUUGGAAAAUCUUGGGGAGAAGACGGUUACAUUCGAAUGGCUCGAUUCCGCAACAACAAUUGUGGAAUAGCAUCAAAUGCCGUUUAUCCCAGUCUUUGAUUCCAGCUAAUUGAAUCUCAACUCAAAUCAUUUCUUCUAAUCUAGACUUAAUUAGCUCCUUUCUUUGAAUACAAGCAAUAUUUUUUCCAUUUAGUAUUAAGUAUUUUUAUCCACAGAAAUGACAUUUGUUUUUUAAAGUUUAAAUCAUUUGCUACGAAAUAAAAAUCCAUGAAAUUUUUUUUUCUUUUUCUUGUACACAAUAAACACAUUUAUUGCAAACAAUUCAAUUUAAA